CUGAGGUUAGCAGAGCAACAUCUGGAUGAAGGACAAGACUUCUGGGACAAUGUCCUCUGGACAGGAGAGACCAGAGUGGAGAUGAGACGGACAGAACCAGGAUGGACAGAACCGUAAUGAGCAGAACCAUGACGGAGACUGGACACAGCAGACACACAUCUCACCAACUUUAAAGCACGGUGGUGGAUGAGUGAUGAUUUGGGCUGCGGGACCUGAGUGGAUCUGCAGUGUGUGACAGCUGAAGCUUCGUCCAAAACUGGGUCAUCAACAGGAGGAUGGUCCAAACACAGCAUGUCUGCUGCCAACAUCACAACCUUCCCCUUGACCCUUGACUCUUCCUCCUCCGUUCGCUUCAACUUUAUGGUUUAAUUGCUGCCUAUAUUUCCUCCAGAUCUGAGUUAAAGUGCAAGUUUUGUGUUGAACUUACAGAAAAUACUUGAAACUUAAACUUAUGAGACUUCAGACAACACGAGGAAGUAAAAGCAGCUGCAGGAUCCGGGGAAGGAUCCGGAGCUGGAGCGUCAACAACCAUCACACCCUGCUUCCUGUUUUCACAAUAAAUCUCCAAAAAGGGUUAACAUGAAAACUGAACACAUAUGGAGCUGCUGUCGUAGAAAAACUGUUGCAUAUUAUUGCUUUAUUAGGUGGAUUAAGUAAAGUUUCUGAAGAUGUGAUUUUUGAAUUUUAAUGAGUAGAAAAAUAUGAUGAAAUCACACAUGCUGUCAUAAAAAACAAACAGAAUGUUUUUUUCCGUUUGAAGUGUUUCUUAUUUAAUAAUGCGAAAUUGUCAUUUUUGCACUUUAGCUGAUCAUUUUAUUGGAAACGCAGCAAACAGUUUAAUUAGAAGGAAACAACUGAAACAUUUUUUAUUUUCAUUGUAUUUUUAUGCUUUUCUUGCUAUUUUGUAAGAUCUUAUAAUUGGUGUUUGAGGUAUUGUCAAGCAUAGUUUGGACAGCCAGCCAUCCUCAGCUCGACAAAGUGAGGAGUUUUACUUUGGAGGUCUUCACCGGAAGUGCGCUGCGUUGCUACGUGUACUUUGACAGCGGGAUGUCUGCGUGUCCAUGAGUGCGUGUCUUGGUGAAGGCGCCACGUCGGCAGAAGCAGCAGAGAGAAGAGCAGCAGCAGCAACAGCAGCGGCGGGUUUGCAGAAACUCUGGAGAAGUUGGUUGUUUGGAGGGUUGACGGACUGACGGACCGACAGCUGCAGGGUUCAGGUUCCCUCUCCAAAACCCAGAUCGAGGCCCACUUCUCAAUCUGCUGCUGGCUCAGGUGUUCCAGCCAGAAGCACUGGGAACAAUGGUGAAGGACGUGAACAACGUGAACGUGGAGCCGCAGCCCGGGACCAGCCUGGCCUCGGACGACGCUGAGCCCGCCGACAGCCAGUCCCCAGAGGACCCCGGUAAAGAUCACGCCGUCGCUCCGCCCGGCAUGGUGUGGCGGGUCACCGGCGGCCUCUUCAACGUCACCAAGGGCGUAGUCGGCGCCGCGGUGGGCGGAGUCGCCUGGGUGGGCGGGAAGAGCCUGGAGAUCACCAAGUCGGCGGUGACCACGGUGCCGUCAGUGGGCAUGGGUCUGGUGAAGGGCGGCGUCUCCGCCGUGGCUGGCGGCGUCUCCAGCGUGGGCUCUACAGUCGCCAACAAAGUGCCGUUCACCGCCAAGAGGAAGGACAAGUCAGAGUGAGGUGGCGGUGAUGAUGAUGACUGACGGAUUGCCCCGCCCUGAGCCAAUCGAGACAGGCGGAUCUCGACCAAUCAGAUGCCACCGUGCCUUCCCCCGAACGCCUCGUCACAACAACUCCAGACUGUAAAAUAAAGACUGUGCAGCUCUACUUCACCGACCCAAACAUGUUCUGCUCUGCGUUGGUGACGACGCCCUGAUGAACCCGUCUACCAGUUUACGGACCAGUCUGAGGCCACGCCCUCUUCCUGCUCUCCAACCACAGACGUCUGCUGAAACAUUUCUGUCUUCAGAUGCUGAUUUUUGUGCUUUCUGUCCUUUUUGAAGUAUUAUUGCAACCUGUCUGUCAGUAAGGUGUGUGUUGAGGGAUCAGACUGUUUCUUCUGAGGAGCCCCCCCCUUCGCUCUGCAUGCAGGAACAUCUCUGAAAUAUCUGAAGAGUGAUGAGUCUCUGCAGCCUCUUUAUGGUGAAACUUGUUGAGCCUGACAUUUCUCUGAAAAGGUGAACUGUUCCUCUAAUCGGAUGUUUACUCUGCUGCAGGAAUCAGUCAUUAGCAUUUCAAUGCAGCUGUUGUUGAGGAUAUGAAAAAUGUUUAUGUAUUUUUUUCAAUAUAUCAAUAAAAUAGUUUAGAAGGUUAAAAAUAAA